GUGCGCGAUCUCGCGCUGCCAUUGGCUAACUCGGGAAAGUGGGAAGCGUGAAGGAGGGACCCUGAGGUAGAGGGUCAGGGGUUAGUGAGGCCGGAAGUGAGUGUAAUAAAGUUUCUCCAGGGAGGCAGGGCCCGGGGAGAAAGUUGGAGCGGUAACCUAAGCUGGCAGUGGCGUGAUCCGGAACCAAAUCGGCCCGCGGUGCGGUGCGGAGACUCCAUGAGGCCCUGGACAUGAACAAGCUGAGUGGAGGCGGCGGGCGCAGGACUCGGGUGGAAGGGGGCCAGCUUGGGGGCGAGGAGUGGACCCGCCACGGGAGCUUUGUCAAUAAGCCCACGCGGGGCUGGCUGCAUCCCAACGACAAAGUCAUGGGACCCGGGGUUUCCUACUUGGUUCGGUACAUGGGCUGUGUGGAGGUCCUCCAGUCAAUGCGUGCCCUGGACUUCAACACCCGGACUCAGGUCACCAGGGAGGCCAUCAGUCUGGUGUGUGAGGCUGUGCCGGGUGCUAAGGGGGCGACAAGGAGGAGAAAGCCCUGUAGCCGCCCGCUCAGCUCUAUCCUGGGGAGGAGUAACCUGAAAUUUGCUGGAAUGCCAAUCACUCUCACCGUCUCCACCAGCAGCCUCAAUCUCAUGGCCGCAGACUGCAAACAGAUCAUCGCCAACCACCACAUGCAAUCUAUCUCAUUUGCAUCCGGCGGGGAUCCGGACACAGCCGAGUAUGUCGCCUAUGUUGCCAAAGACCCUGUGAAUCAGAGAGCCUGCCACAUUCUGGAGUGUCCCGAAGGGCUUGCCCAGGAUGUCAUCAGCACCAUUGGCCAGGCCUUCGAGUUGCGCUUCAAACAAUACCUCAGGAACCCACCCAAACUGGUCACCCCUCAUGACAGGAUGGCUGGCUUUGAUGGCUCAGCAUGGGAUGAGGAGGAGGAAGAGCCACCUGACCAUCAGUACUAUAAUGACUUCCCGGGGAAGGAACCCCCCUUGGGGGGGGUGGUAGACAUGAGGCUUCGGGAAGGAGCCGCUCCAGGGGCUGCUCGACCCACUGCACCCAGUGCCCAGACCCCCAGCCACUUGGGAGCUACGCUGCCUGUAGGACAGCCUGUUGGGGGAGAUCCAGAAGUCCGCAAACAGAUGCCACCUCCACCACCCUGUCCAGCAGGCAGAGAGCUUUUUGAUGAUCCCUCCUAUGUCAACGUCCAGAACCUAGACAAGGCCCGGCAAGCAGUGGGUGGUGCUGGGCCCCCCAAUCCUGCUGUCAAUGGCAGUGCACCCCGGGACCUGUUUGACAUGAAGCCCUUCGAAGAUGCUCUUCGGGUGCCUCCACCUCCCCAGUCGGUGUCCAUGGCUGAGCAGCUCCGAGGGGAGCCCUGGUUCCAUGGGAAGCUGAGCCGGCGGGAGGCUGAGGCACUGCUGCAGCUCAAUGGGGACUUCCUGGUGCGGGAGAGCACGACCACACCUGGCCAGUAUGUGCUCACUGGCUUGCAGAGUGGGCAGCCUAAGCAUUUGCUACUGGUGGACCCUGAGGGUGUGGUGAGUGUGGCAGAGGUGUGGGUGAGGGGUGGCAGAAAGGAAGGUACAGUACCCUACAGUGUAUCCCUGUUCCUUCCCUCAUUGCUUUGUAGACACUCCCGCUGGGCAGCUGUCUAUGGGCCUCUCUUGCUCUUUAAAGUGUCUGGCAUCUUCCUCCAGAGGCUCAUCCCUUAGCCUGAACUAUGUUCUUUAUAGUCCUGGCACAGGGCCAGGCGUGGUGGCUCACACCUGUAAUCCCAGCGCUUUGGGAGGCCGAGGCAGGUGAAUCACCUGAGGUCAGGAGUUCGAGACCAGCCUGACCAAUAUGGUGAAACUCCGUCUCUACUAAAAAUACAAAAAUUAGCCGGGUGUGGUGGCAGGCACCUGUAGUCCCAGCUACUCAGGAGGCUGAGGCAGGAGAAUUGCUUGAAUCUGGGUUGCAGAGGUUGCAGUGAGCUGAGAUCACACCACUGCACUCCAGCCUGGGUGACAGAGUGAGACUCUGUCUAAAAAAACAAAACAAAACAAAACAAAUACAGUCCUGGCCCGUCCUCAAAUCCCCAAGCCUUAAGCUUAUCAGAGCUAGAAGGCAGUCAUCUCAUCUGUGCCCCUCUUUUGACAAAUAAGGAAACCACCCUGAAGAGGUUGUGAUGCCCAAUGUGAGAUGGUUAGAGGCUAGACACUGCAAGUUUCCUUUUGUAAGAAGAUCCAAGGGCUUCUCCAGCUCCCCAGACUCAGGACUCAGACCACUGUGCUUUCUCUUAUCUGCACUGCCUCACUGUUCUUCAAAACUUUCCUUGUUUAGCCAGGUGUGGUAGUUCAUGCCUGUAAUCCCAACAUUUUGCGAAGCUGAGGUGGGAGGAUUGCUUGAGGCCAGGAGUUCGAGACCAGCCUGGGCAACACAGCGAGACCUUGUCUCUAGAAAAACAAAAAAACAAAAAAUUAGUCAGGAAUGGUGACACAUGCCUCUAGUCCUACCUACCCAGGAGGCUGAGGCCUGAGGAUCGCUUGAGCCCAGGAGUUCGAGGUUACAGUGAGCCAUGAUUGCGCCACUGUACUCUAGCCUGGGUGACAGAGACCCUGUCUGGAAACAAAAAACUUUUGUCUGUUUUCUACAGCAAUCUCAGCUUCCUUUCUUUUUUGUUGAGAUAGGGUUUUGCUUUGUCACCCAGGCUGGGGUGUGGUGGCACACCUGGCUAAUUUUUGUAUUUUUUUUUUUUUGGUAGAGAUGGGGUUUCGCCAUGUUGCCCAAGCUGUUCUUGAACUCCUGGGCUCAAGUGAUCCGCCUCCCUCAGCCUCCCAGAGUGCUGGGAUUACAGGCACGAGCCACCAUGCCCAGCCUCCACAUCCUUUUUUGCACUGUGUAUACUCUUCUGAGACAUGCCAACUUCCUCCAGGUCAAGAAAGGGGUAUAUAGCUCUCAGCUUCACUCUUUCAGGGCUGAUGUCGCCUUUGCCUUUUCUCACUUCACUGACCUGUCUAUUCCUACAACUGUCUCUUUCUAGAGAAGCCUCAAUGAUCAGGACUGACAGGCCACACUCUCCCCCGCCAUUUUUUUCUCCUUCUUCAAGCCUCUUGUCUGUUUCACCCUCUUCCACCUUGGAGGCUGAGGUCUUAUUUGACUCUUCACCUGAAUUGACCUUCUUCCUUCCCACCCUCCCAGGUUCGGACUAAGGAUCACCGCUUUGAAAGUGUCAGUCACCUUAUCAGCUACCACAUGGACAAUCACUUGCCCAUCAUCUCUGCGGGCAGCGAACUGUGUCUACAGCAACCUGUGGAGCGGAAACUGUGAUCUGCCCUAGCGCUCUCUUCCAGAAGAUGCCCUCCAAUCCUUUCCACCCUAUUCCCUAACUCUCGGGACCUCGUUUGGGAGUGUUCUGUGGGCUUGGCCUUGUGUCAGAGCUGGGAGUAGCAUGGACUCUGGGUUUCAUAUCCAGCUGAGUGAGAGGGUUUGAGUCAGAAGCCUGGGUGAGAAUCCUGCCUCUCCCCAAACAUUAAUCACCAAAGUUUUAAUGUACAGAGUGGCCCCUCACCUGGGCCUUUCCUGUGCCAACCUGAUGCCCCUUCCCCAAGAAGGUGAGUGCUUGUCAUGGAAAAUGUCCUGUGGUGACAGGCCCAGUGGAACAGUCACCCUUCUGGGCAAGGGGGAACAAAUCACACCUCUGGGCUUCAGACCCCUCUCAACACCCCCCCCCAUGUUUAAACUUUGUGCCUUUGACCAUCUCUUAGGUCUAAUGAUAUUUUAUGCAAACAGUUCUUGGACCCCUGAAUUCAAUGACAGGGAUGCCAACACCUUCUUGGCUUCUGGGACCUGUGUUCUUGCUGAGCACCCUCUCCGGUUUGGGUUGGGAUAACAGAGGCAGGAGUGGCAGCUGUCCCGUCUCCCUGGGGAUAUGCAACCCUUAGAGAUUGCCCCAGAGCCCCCCUCCCGGCCAGGGGGGAGAUGGACCCCUCCCUUGCUCAGUGCCUCCUGGCCGGGGCCCCUCACCCCAAGGGGUCUGUAUAUACAUUUCGUAAGGCCUGCCCUCCCAUGUUGCAUGCCUAUGUACUCUACGCCAAAGUGCAGCCCUUCCUCCUGAAGCCUCUGCCCUGCCUCCCUUUCUGGGAGGGCGGGGUGGGGGUGACUGAAUUUGGGCCUCUUGUACAGUUAACUCUCCCAGGUGGAUUUUGUGGAGGUGAGAAAAGGGGCAUUGAGACUAUAAAGCAGUAGACAAUCCCCAGAUACCAUCUGUAGAGUUGGAACUGCAUUCUUUUAAAGUUUUAUAUGCAUAUAUUUUAGGGCUGUAGACUUACUUUCCUAUUUUGUUUCCCAUUGCUUAUUCUUGAGCACAAAAUGAUAAUCAGUUAUUACAUUUAUACAUCACCUUUUUGACUUUUCCAAGCCCUUUUACAGCUCUUGGCAUUUUCGUCGCCUAGGCCUGUGAGGUAACUGGGAUCGCACCUUUUAUACCAGAGACCUGAGGCAGAUGAAAUUUAUUUCCAUCUAGGACUAGAAAAGCUUGGGUCUCUUACCGCGAGACUGAGAGGCAGAAGUCAGCCCGAAUGCCUGUCAGUUUCAUGGAGGGGAAACGCAAAACCUGCAGUUCCUGAGUACCUUCUACAGGCCCGGCCCAGCCUAGGCCCGGGGUGGCCACACCACAGCAAGCCGGACCCCCUCUUUUGGCCUUGUGGAUAAGGGAGAGUUGACCGUUUUCAUCCUGGCCUCCUUUUGCUGUUGUUUGGAUGUUUCCACGGGUCUCACUUAUACCAAAGGGAAAACUCUUCAUUAAAGUCCGUAUUUCUUCUA